CCGUGAUAACAAGUUAUCACUAAAUCACGAUGAUAACGACAACAGAAAUUCGAGUUUGUGGAAUUAUUCUUAUUGAGAGAAUCAUUCAGAAACGGCUUCGACCGUUUUGUACUCUGUAGUAAAAAUACUUCGAACCGUGUUUUGAUGAUUUCCGUAUUGGUUAUCGUCUAAACGCCAUCAAUAUAACAACAUUUAACUCGAAAAUACCUACCACCUAUUCAACACUCAAUGCAUUAGAACGCUGAACAAUGUGGUCCGAUACAUUUCUCAUCGUAUUUAUUUCAAUUUGUACGGCUCUAUUAGGAGAAGGGUUAACAUGGUUAUUAGUAUAUCGAACCGAAAAAUAUCAAAAAUUGAAAGUGGAAAUUGAAAAAUCUAGUAAAAAGCUUGAAAAACGUAAGGAAGCUCAUGGAGACUCUGUAGACAAACAACAAAAGAAAAAAAUUGAACGUGUUGAAGAAAAACUUAAAAUUAACAAUCGUGAUUUGUCAAUGGUAAAAAUGAAGUCCAUGUUUGCCAUUGGUUUUGCAUUUACUGCAUUAUUAAGCAUGUUCAACAGCAUCUUUGAUGGACGUGUUGUAGCAAGAUUACCUUUUACACCAAUUCCCUGGGUUCAGGGCUUAUCACAUAGAAAUCUACCUGGUGAUAAUUACACAGAAUGUUCAUUUAUUUUCUUGUAUAUAUUGUGUACCAUGUCAAUACGUCAAAAUAUUCAAAAACUAUUAGGAUUUGCUCCAUCAAGAAUGGCUAAUAAACAAAGUGGUGGCUUAUUUGGACCUCAACCUCAACAGUUCAAAUAAUUUCAAUUGGAAAUAACAAAUUAGUAAUAAUAUAAAAGACCAAUUUAUGUUUUUUUUUGUAAUACAAAAAAAAAUGAAAUUAUA